GCCAGAGUGCAAGGAUGGAGCAGGCACCGAUUCACAACCCACGAAGUGCUGCUGCGUAGGGCCGAGGACGGACCGAUUGUGCUGGUGCUGCAGCUCCCCGCACUUCUCCCUCCCGCUGCUCCUCUCAACCUCCAAGCUAUUCCCCCUGUCCCGUACUAAAUGCCUCCUUUCUUCUCCUACACCACCCUCCCCUACCAGCUCACGACGAGCCCUUACCCCAUGCGCGAGUUCUCGGAGUACUUGGUGGAGCUAACUGACGUGGAGCCGCUGCCCUUCGCCGACGAGGACGCGUGGGAGUUGCACCGGGCGCUGUACAAGUCCGUGGCGCUGGGGAUGUUCCGGUUCUUCGUGGAUCACGAAGACCACGCUACCGGUGAGCACUUCGUCGUUUACUACGUCAUCACGCGACCCAAGCCAGCGGAAAAGGAAGGGACGGUCGCACUGUACCCAUUCGACCAGCUCCAGACGAUCGAUCCGGGAUUUUUGGAGCUCAUACAUCUUGAUCUCCUCUCCAUCGCGCAAGUGAUCGUGAGCGAUGAAGAGGAGAUCCAACCGCGAUUGCGGACGGUGACGGCCCCGCAGAGAACGUACAACGUGGUCGUCAUCCCGGAUUACAUUGCGCAGCGCGCGGAGAGAUUGGAGGACUUCCUGGAGGAAAGGCCGUUGCAUCCUCCCUCAUCGUACUCUCGGCCAGUGCCACCAAAGGCCCCCAAGAAGACGCCGAAGAGGAAGAGACGCCACCCGUCGCCAGGAGCGCAAGGCAGCAGGAUCGGCGGCGGCGAGGAGGUGAUUCAGCCCGCACGCGCUGCGACGCUCGUUAAGGAGACUAUCGUGCCAUCCCCGCCCAUUCCGCGUGUGCCCGACCUCAAUCUUGAUGGAGCUGGGCCAUCAUCAGCAGCAGCAGCCGGAGGAGGAAGCCGAAUGGGAUUUUCGGAUCCCAUAUCUAGACCCCCCAUGGCGAAAAUAGCGCGGGAACUGUGCUUCGACCGUUCAAUGACACUUGCAGCACCGCGGGAAAAAACGUGGAUGAUCAGAUCUUGUUGCCGUGAUGACGUGCCCAUUUGCUGGUCGACGUCGGCAGCAGCCUUGACAGGAUCUAGGGUGAGAUUUACCCACGUGGCGGCGGCAGCGGCUUCUCGAAGAGUAGUGUUUUCACCUUGGCGCGCUUUGUAUCAUGCCGCUGAUGCUGCUGCUUAUUGCGCGACACGUGUCCAAUCCUCGCUUCACAUCUUGAACGAUAAUCAACGACGGGAAGGUUAUCUUCUGGGCGGCUCGAUCUGUGGUGGUCGUUUGAUAAAUCGUCGCCAUCAUCGAAUAUGGACAGGUAAUGAUAGCAACGGCUGCGAUAGGAGGGCUGUGAACUGCAAGAGGAUCCCGACAAGCCUCGGUGGUCGCGCUUACACGUGUCGAGCCUUGGUGCAUUCCGACAAGAGAAGAAACCAGAGGAUCGCAGACGCUGCCGUAGAGAUAUCUAAUCGUUCCGCGAUGGGAGUGCCAAUGGUGCAGGCCACGGCAGCAGGAGGGGAUGGCGUGGCACAGGGCGGGGAUUGGAAAGAUGGUGAGCGAGGGGUCAUCUUUGACUGUUCUGACAUUGCGCUUGUCACGGGUGGAGUGCUUUGGAGAGAAGGCUCCCCUGGAAGCAUUUGCACUGACAGUCGGGAUCUGCAGCAAGGCGACUGGUUUUUGUGUUUGAAAGGGCCAAAUUUUGAUGGCCAUGAUUUUCUGCAAAUGGCCCUCGAGAGAGAGUGAUCGAAUGGGAUGACAUGGCAGCAGAGGAAAGAUUUUGAAGAUAUCGGGUGGAUGAGAGCGCUAUGCGCGGAUUUGGCGAAGGAGAGAAAGGAAAAGGAGGAGCGUGAGAAGGAACAAGAACGUUUGAAGGAGGAGGUGGAAAGAAGGAGAAGGGAAGAGGAGCUCCAUCUUCAGCACAAGAACGAGAUCGAAAGGCAAGCAGAGAUACGGGAUGCACGCCUGAUGUCCGCCAUGACGUCCCAACUGAAGUCACUGCAUGACAAGCUCAUGGGGCAAAUGGACGAAGUACGAUCCAAAGUGCUGACUGGAGAUAUGCAACGCGUGGAUGUCGGAAGAAUGCGGAAUGAAGUGCUUGGACUUGAACGGGAACUUGUGAAGGAGGACAGUCCCGACAAGGAGAGAGAAGAACUCAAGAAGAAGCUGACACAGCUACAAAAACUCAAGGAAGAACGCGAUCGGGCUCGGAUGAAGAGGAAGAUACUGGAAGAAGAGAUGAGGUGGGAGAUGGAACAGACGCGGCAGGAAUUGGAAUUCGAAGAAGACCGGUUCGCACCGUCAUCAUCUGCAAGGCCUCCUAGGAAGCAAAGCAUCGUGAGAAACAUAUGGUGUGAGGAUUGGAAAGUCCUGAAGCGUAGAUUUGGGAUGACAUUGAUCGAAGUACGGGGGGUGAAAUGCCUUCUUAAGGAGGCGAAAAGGCGGAUCGAACUAGGGGGCUUGCUUAUUAUCAAGGACCCGGCGGAGACUGUAUCCUUCCCUUCCAAGAUUAGGCGGGAGCUCCUGCUGUUGCUUACACAACCUUGGCGGAGGAAGCUGCUGCGGAAAAAGGAGGACCAUGAGUUGACCCACUUGUACCAAGCAACUAGGGGUUUUGAUAAGAGUAGUAGACAAUGGAUGAGGAAUAUUAUCUCACGGGUUCUCAAUGAAAAACUAGGUACUAAUCUGAGGAAGAGGCACAUAAUCAGGAUUCCGUAUGAUGAUAGGGUGGAUAGGAGGAGAAUUGGGGAUAUAGCGAAAGCAAAGAUUGGUGAUCUGGGGUUGCACGAUUCGAUGGCAAGCAUCGUACGAAGACACGUCCGAGUUGUCUGGAUGAAGAAACAGACAAUUGGUGAUGUGCUUCACAACCAUAGAGACUACGCGUGCUCUAAUGGUAGCAUUUGCGUUUGCGCAAAUAGCCCUUUCCCACUAGUGGAAGGACACAUACGUUGCAGACUCUCGGACCUGGGAGCCCCAGACUUCUUACUCAAUGCCAGGAAUAUUCCUACACAACGGACGAGGGAAGUAAGGAGGGGGAUCAUGGCUGCUAUCCUCGACGGACUGGGAGAGAUUUUUAGGACCUCGGGAAAAUGCCUGGCUGUUCACAUGGCGGAGAUUCAAGACUGCGUACGUGAAAGGGAGACUGCAUUUGAGGACCAGUUCCACCUCGUGCAGGAUUGGAAACGACGACUUCGGGGGCUCGUCUGUAUGCCGAUGGACCGCAAUCUAGGGGCGACAUACGUCGUCUGUCCGACGGUAUACGCCAGAGCACUACGAGAUAUGUUCUGGCAUGGAGGAAGUUUUAGAAUGUGUACCUUAUCGGCGGAUGAGGCACAAGCCACCUGCCGAAGAAAGUACGAAGAGCGGGGCCUUAAGAAUUUGGGAGCAUGGCGCAAGAAAGGGAGAUUCGGCGACGUGUAUGUCCUACCGAAACACAAAGAUCCCGCGAGAUGGCAGCCGAUCGCUCCUGCUUGGAAUUUGCCCUCGAAGGUAGGAGUGAAGAAGGUUGCUAAGGCUCUGCAAUGUAUGCUCGGAAGCCUGGCGAGAGGUCUGCACUUCAACACCUAUUCGUCAGAAGAUGCAAUCAAGAGACUCCAUGGCUGGGCAUCUCAUUUGGAGAAGGAAUAUGGAGUGAUGUCAGCCUCCUUCGACAUCAAGAACAUGUUUGCUGAGCUACCUCAUGCGGCGAUCCUGGAGUCUCUCGAAUGGAUGAUCCGGAUGAUGGAGGCAAAAGGAUUUGACAGGGUGAAUGUGAAUUGCCGGGGAAAGAAGCCAGCGAUGGGAAAACAGAACAGGGAUGGCCACUUCCCUGUGAAGUUUGAUUGUAUACUGAAUUGGGUCAGAUACGAGCUGGAGUUUUCCUACAGUCUGGCCGAGGGAGAGCUGAUACAGCAGAUCCAGGGGAUCCCCAUGGGUGGUCACACGAACCCUUCCCUCGAGUGCAUCCUUUGCGUCCGUAGUGAGGCCCAGUUCAUGUAUGAACUGGGGACACUUCGGAAGAGGAUCCUGGGGCUGAGACUCAUGGACGAUGUGGCUGUCUUUGUCCGCUUCUUUCAAGAGAAGGCGGAAUCAGCCUGUCAAGCAAGGGACAUACUUGAGAAAUUGAAAGGAUGCUACCCUUCGUCCCUAUCUCUGGAACGGACGGAUGCUGACGACGGGAUGCUCUCGUUGCUGGGGUGUAGGAUCCUCGUCGAUCAGGAAGGACCGAAGAUCACAUCGGUAUUGCAGAUGAAGAACCAGGACUGUAUGAGUGGAGACCAACCACUGACGUUCCAGUGCAUCCAGGAUUUCAGGUCCUAUAGCGACAAACAGACUAAGACCUCCAUGAUUAAGAGCUAUCUGCACCGUAUCGUGCGAUGUUCGAAUGAUGCUGCACUAAGAGAUCUUCCUGUGGCCUGCCUGAGGAAAGAGCUCCGUACGAGACAUUUCCCUGUGUCCGUAAUUGACAAAAUGGUGCAAUCUUUUGAGUGUGAUCAGAGGAUGCCCGCUGGCUGGACCAGAGGGUUUGUUCAUGUUUCUGAUACUCUGGACGCACUCCAAGCGCUUGGGAAAUCAGUGCGCCUCCGCUUUACUGGACCAGUCAUUGGCAUAACAGGGAGUGUUGGGAAGACAACAACACGUGCAAUGGCUGGUCUUGCUCUGGAAUCUCUGGGACACAUUCAUGAAACUGGACGGAAUUUCAACAACCAUGUGGGACUCCCUCUUACACUGUUGCGCAUGCCGUCGUCAGCCUGUGCAUGUGUCCUGGAGCUCGGAAUGAACCAUCUCGGUGAGAUCAAGGAACUUUCAGAGAUUGCCAUUCCAAACAUCAGGGUGAUAACCAAUGUUGGUCCAGUUCAUCUUGAAGGGCUAGGAAGCAUUGAAAACAUUGCAAGAGCAAAGGGUGAACUCUUUGAUACGGCGAAUGAGGGAGACGUUUGCGUCAUCAAUGCGGACGAUGCCAGAGUCGCUUCACUGCCUAUUCCUCACCAAGGCAGAGUUAGGGUGGUACAGUUUGGCAGGACACACGGUUGCGAUGUCCAGCUUCUUGAUGCGGAACCGAUUGAUGGUGGGAGAGCUAUCAAAUGCACAUUCAGGAGCUAUCUUGCUGUUCCGAAAGGCAGUGUGUCGACCAGGGUUGAAAUUAAGAUCAACAGCCCAGGACUUCAUCUCGCGGAAUGCGCUUGUGCAGCUCUGGCCAUAGCUGGAACUCUUAAUGUUCCUGCAGAUGUGGCGGCUGAGAGCAUUUCCAAGUAUCAGCCGGUGGGAAUGCGCCUCCGCCUUGAGUUUUUGGAUGCAAGUGGGAUCACACUGAUUAAUGAUGCAUACAAUGCGAGCCCAAUUACUGUCGAGGGGGCCCUCAAGUUCUUGUCCUCUCUGCACACUGAAGGAAGAAGGAUUGCUCUACUCGGUGACAUGCUUGAGCUAGGUUCAGAAGCAAUCGAUUACCACUCCAAGAUUGUGAAAUUGUGUCAGAAGCUCAAAAUAGACUUAGUUGCACUUGUGGGACAACAUUUUGGAGAGGCAGUUCGACAGGGAGAUUUGGCCCCUCCGCUUCAAAAUCUGUCCAGGAGAUCCAGAGUCGAGUGCGUGCGAACGGUUGUGUGAAUACAGUGUCGGACAGAGGAUGUGUGAGCGCUCAGGCGCCAUAGCCAGUUGGAAGCGAGUUUGUAUCCAAACUG